AUUGAUGGAAGCCAAACAAACUAUUUGCAACUACUGUUCAUGGGGAUGGGGACUGGGGAGUAAUAGUAAGUUGAUUAAGUUUGGAUAUUAACCAUGCAAACAGUGUUAAAACGCCAAUUUAGAACAACGCAGUGCCUAAUUUUUCGCCCUUUAUCGACUCUGAUAAACCCUAAAUCAUUUCUAGACAUCAAUUUCAGCUCCUUGGGUAACGUUGCAGCUCUUGACGAUCACAAAGAGAAUCACUUAAAAUCGAUUGAUUUGGAUCUUUUGGCUCAAUUGCAACAUGGUUCUCAUGGGUCCAUUUGUAGCUCAUACGCUCUUAACAACCUUAUAUCCUCAUGUGCAACUUCAAGAUCACUUUACAUCGGUAUUCAAAUUCAUUCAUUUGUUAUCAAGAUGGGUUUUUCUCCGCAUGUAUAUAUCAGCACUGCUCUUCUGGACAUGUAUGGCAAAUGUGGUGUAAUAUCCGAUGCUCAGAAACUGUUCGACGAAACGCCUCACAGAAAUGUGAUUACAUGGAACUCGUUAAUUUCAGCUGUCCUUGUUGGGUGUUCACAGUUGGAAACUCUCGAAUUAGGGGAACAAGUGCAUGGGUUAAGUACAAAAUUUGGGUUUCUUUCUAAUGUUGUGGUGUGUACGUCUUUGCUUGAGAUGUACUGGAAAUGCUCUAAUGUAGAUGAUUCUAGAAGAAUAUUUGACGAAAUAUCUGAUAAAAAUGCUGUUGUUUGGACCUCAAUGAUCACUGGUUACACACAGAAUCAACAAACCAACAUUGCAAUGUGCAUGAUUAAAAAAAUGCUGGUUUCAGGUCAUAAAGCAGAUUCCAUAACUUAUAAUACUUUGUUGAGUUCCUUUUCCAAUACAGAUGACAUGAUCCAUUGUGAACAAAUUCAUGGCUCAAUCAUAAAACAAGGGUUAGAUUCAGAUGUUUAUUUAGCAGUUACUUUAGUCACUGUUUAUUCAAAAUGUGGUAGCAGCUUACAAGACUUCCACAAAAUAUGUGCCACUCUCCCACUAAGGAACAAAAUAACAUGCAACGCCAUUAUUGCUGGAUUUUCAAACAUGGGAAAUGUCGAGAAAGCCCUUGGUGUCUUUUCGGAAAUGAGACAGAUAGUCAAGUCAGGUCACUCUUCAAAUAUAUACAUACAAAACGGGCUUAUUUCCAUGUAUGCAAAAAGUGGUAACUUUGAUGAAGCAAAAUUGAUGUUUACAUCAAUGGUGGAACAUGAUACAGUGUCAUGGAACUCACUUCUUUCAUGCUAUGCUCAACAUGGAAAAGGAUUGGUGAAGAAAGGGUUAGAAUACUUUGAGUUAAUGAGAAGUAAUUAUGGUUCACCAAAAGUUGAACAUUAUGCUUGUGUUGUUGACCUUUAUAGUAGAGCUGGUUUUCUUGAUGAAGCAGAAGUGUUUGUGAAUAAAUUGGGAAUGGAAGUGGGACCCGAGGUGUAUAAAGCUCUGUUGAGUGCUUGUAGGGUUCAUGGAAAUAAGGAAAUUGGUUUACGAAUGUCAAGAAAAAUUGUUGAUUUGUUUCCUGAUGAUCCUGCAGUUUAUGUGCAGGUGUCGAAUGUUUUGGCUAGUAAUGGUUAUUGGGAUGAUUCUGCUAGAGCACAUAAUUUGAUUUGUAGUAAAGGAAUCAAGAAAAAAGCUGCGUGUAGUUGGAUAUAA